AUGUUGGUCGUUGUUUAUUCUUUAGAGAGUGGAGGAAGGAAAGUUAAUGAGAACAAGCUUUUGACACAGAAAAAGAACAGGUAAAGUAACAAGAAUGUAUGUACUAUGGAACAGUAUGUGUGUUACUGAAGCUUAUUUAACCACUUAUGUCAUCUAAUUAUCAACACUUAGGGCCAGUUAUUUAAACAGGGUUUGAUCAGUGUUUAAGAAAACCACGUUACCAUAAGGUCAGAACAUCUUACUGUUUUGUGAGGUAUAUUAUGUUUUGUGGCUGUCAUGUAAAUUUAAUUCUGUCAUUUUUUUUGUUCUCCCAUAUUUAGAUUUAACCCAUAUACAACCUUCAACAAAUGCAGAAUCUGCAAACAAACUGUGCAUCAGAUGCAUUCACACUACUGCCAAAGUAUGUGCGAGAUGUGAUUAUGCUAUUAUUUGCCAUCACAGAAAAAUCAUACAAUGGAUUCUCAAUAAUUUGUGACAAAAGCGAAACUAAGGCAAUCUGUAAAAAGCGCUACAACCUAAGUUGCACCCCUGCAAAACAUGAGUGUGCUUUGGAGAGUUACACCACUGGCCCCCCCAUUGACUCAAAUUUAACCUUGCCUAGAAAAAAAUUUAACUACAUUAAUUUUAAUAAUGUUCACCAACAUGCCUAAAGUUAGCAAAUUAUGUCUUAGGAAAAAUAUCAUUGUUGAAUGUGUGAAUGGAAUAAAGCCCUAAGGAAGUCUAGAUCCAAUAUGUCAAAAUUCCCCUUCUAAGAGUUAGCAAGUAUAAGUAUAAAAGCCAAUUAAAAAGCCAAGGUGUGCAUCCUUUCCUCUUCCUAAGUCUUGUUGUUUGUAAAAACCCUAACUCCAAAACCUUGUGUUUGACACCAGCACGCAGUCAUCACCAACACAAAAAUGCAGCUAGUUUGUUGUCUAACCAUUUUGUUUACAAAACAGAAUCUUCUCUUGAAUCUCUAAUCACUCCAUAUGACAAACAUUCUUUUCACUUUAAGGAGGAGAUAUUUUUCUCUUACCUGGAUCUUGAUAUUGUUUAUAGUUGGAUAAGAUAGCUGUCAUCUGUAAGUUCCUGUGUUAAUCAAAAGUUAUGAUUUUUUUAUAGGUUGUGCAUACAAGAAAGGUUUGUAUCUAAACAAUGUUUUUGUUGAUUUUAUUUUUGCUUUUGUUGUUUAAGUAGCAAAAAAAAUAAAGAUUUUUCGAUAUGGAAGGCAUGGUACACACUGUGAUCACUACACUGUACCGUGACUCAAUCAAAAUGAAAAUUAUUCUUUCAGGUUUUCCCAUUCAUCCCAUUUUUUGAUUAGUGUGUAACAUGGAGAAACUUUCUUCCCUUUAGGUAUCUGUGCCAUGUGCGGCAAACAAGUCUUAGAUACAACCAACUACAGACAAACUUCAGUAUGAAGACAAACUCUGCAGUCAUGUAUCUUGCGUUUUUCUCAGACUGUCUUCUCAUUUCAGCAUAAAAUGUUGUAUAUGUUGAGUUGCAAAAGAGUUUCUCUGGCAUGUCACAAGAGACACGGAAUGGAAUGAACCAAACAAGACUCAACACACUUUCGAGCAAGACAUAGCCUGCAUAUCAGGUAUUUCCACAUGAGUUUGUUCCCUGCAAAUGAACUCAUGACGAAAAACUUGCUACGCAGGCUAAGCAGGGAACAAGUGGUUUUGGUUUCACCUCUGAUUGGCUCAAAAAUGAAGCAUAGACUAGUGAUGCAAAACCAAAGUAAUUUUGUGAUACUGACUUUCGACAUCCCUUUAACGCUUAGACUGAGAACUCCUCUGCUUACAGUAAUACGAAAACAGGCUCAAAACCAGAAUAAUAUUAGCCUGUUCCAAGCGUUCAGAUAGUGGAGAGCGGUGCGAAGUAAAGAUAGCGAUGAAAAGUAGAGGGGGACUGGGGAGAGAGGUGUCCCACCUCCCUCGCUUUUAUUUUUUUGCGCUCCUUUUUUCUGCGCACCGCUCCCCACUAUCUGAACGCCUGGAACAGGCUAGAAUAAUAUUAAUUAAUUUGCACAUGCUAAGGAAGUUGUCUAAUGAAAACGUCUGUGAACAGUGUUAUAUUUCAUUGGUUCCCUCUUGCAUAUCAAUUUUUUUUUUUUGAACAGUACAUUUUUCUUAUUGGUUUUGCUGGAGCAAGAAGAAGAGACUCUAACUUGAAUCACGUGUAUUAAUAAAAUAUUAAACAAUUAGUCACAAGGCUAUUUUACUUAAUUACAG